CUGCGCACAUAUUUUGUUUUGAUAAUCUAGUGAAUGAUCUUUUUGUGGAAUACUUUCUCCUUACAUCGAUCUGUUUAACUAUAUAUAUGGAUGUCGUUGGAAGUCUAAGGAUGCUGAACAAAGGAUUCUCAAUGUCAGGCCUGGUCUUCUGCUUGUCUUUCUUUCUUCUACCGCUGCACUCCGCCUAUGGAGACGUGAGCUAUUCUUUUCCGGAGGAGAUGAAACGAGGAUCUGUUAUUGGAAAUAUAGCCAAUGAUCUCGGGCUGGAGGCGAGCAGGCUGUCCGCUCGUAGGGCCCGUGUUGAUACUGAAGGAAACCGAAAACGUUAUUGUGACAUUAAUCUGAGUACCGGAGAGCUGAUUGUUGCGGAGAGGAUUGACAGAGAGGGGCUUUGUGGAGAAAAGGUUUUAUGCAUACUAAAAGUCGAAUUGGUCCUAGAGAGUCCACUUGAGUUGCAUCAUAUAUCACUUCAAAUCCAAGAUAUCAACGAUAAUUCACCCAUAUUUCCCAAGGAUUUAAUUAAGGUAGAAAUCAGAGAAUCCGCUGUGAAAGGAGCUCGCUAUCGUGUAAACGCAGCUCACGACACAGAUACUGGACAAAACGCAGUGCAAAGCUACGUACUACAAAGGAAUAAUAAUUUUGUUUUGGGUUUGCAAACGAAUAAUGCUGGUAUUAAAUACGGUGAGUUAGUUCUGGACAAAGAAUUAGACCGCGAGGAGCAGCAGGAGUUGAAACUGUUGAUGACAGCUGUAGAUGGGGGCACUCCGCAGAGAUCAGGUACUGUAGUCAUACACGUCACUGUACUGGAUGCUAACGAUAACGCCCCAGUGUUUAGCCAGGCCGUCUAUAAAGCCAGUCUGCCAGAAAACUCUCCUUUGGGUACUGUAGCAGUUACAGUGAGUGCUGCGGAUGCAGAUGAGGGGUUGAAUGGAGAGGUGACGUAUGAAUUUAGUCGAGUAUCUGAAACAGCAAGGAAUGUAUUUACUAUGGACCAGAACACAGGAGAAAUUAGAGUGACAGGAGAAAUAGAUUAUGAAGAAGAGACGCAAUUUGAACUUUUUAUUGAAGGGAAAGAUGGCUUUGGUCUUUCUUCGGACAGUAAAGUUAUUAUAGACAUUACAGACAUAAAUGACAAUGCCCCUGAGCUAUAUCUAAAAUCCCUGACUCACUCCAUACCUGAGAACGCGUCUCCUGGUACAGAGGUGGGCAUCAUUAACGUGCAGGAUAGAGACUCUGAGAAUAACCGACAGGUCCGCUGCUCCAUUCAGCAAAACCUUCCCUUUAAGCUGGUGCCAUCCAUCAAAAACUACUAUUCUCUGGUGACCACGGGCGAACUGGACCGAGAACUGGUGUCUGAUUACAACAUUACAAUCACUGCCACCGACGAGGGCUCUCCACCUCUGUCCUCCUCUAAAAGUGUUCAGUUAUCUGUAGCUGACGUCAACGACAACCCACCUGUGUUUGAGGAACAGUCCUAUAAAGCCCACGUGACUGAAAAUAACAAACCCGGUUCCUCCGUGUGUUCCGUUACUGCUCGAGACCCAGACUGGAGACAGAACGGUACAGUGAUUUAUUCUCUCUUACCUGGUGAGGUGAACGGUGUCCCGGUGUCCUCGUUUUUAUCCGUUAACGGAGACACGGGGGUGAUCCACGCUGUGAGGUCGUUUGAUUAUGAGCAGUUCAGGAGUUUUAAAGUCCACCUGGUGGCCAGAGACAACGGUUCUCCUCCGCUCAGCAGCAACGUCACAGUUAGUGUGUUCAUAACGGAUGUGAAUGACAACUCUCCUCAGAUACUGUACCCCGCCCCAGAGGGGAACUCAUUCAUGACCGAACUUGUCCCCAAAGCUGCACACCGGGGCUCUCUGGUUUCCAAGGUGAUUGCGGUGGACGCGGACUCCGGGCAGAACGCCUGGCUGUCAUAUCAAAUUGUCAAAUCCACUGAUCCGGAACUUUUCACUAUUGGUCUCCACAGUGGAGAGAUCAGAACAAAGCGGGACAUUUCUGAGUCUGACAGCAUGAAACAGAACCUCAUUGUGUCAGUGAAAGAUAACGGACAGCCCUCUCUCUCUGCCACCUGUAGUAUGUAUUUAGUGAUUUCUGAUAACUUGGCUGAGGUGCCAGAACUGAAAGAUAUCUCGUAUGAUGAGAACAAUUCCAAACUCACCUCUUAUCUGAUCAUCGCGCUGGUGUCCGUCUCCACAUUUUUCCUCACCUUCAUUAUUGUCAUCCUGGCCGUGAGGUUUUGCCGCAGGAGAAAGCCCAGACUGUUGUUUGACGGAGCGGUCGCCAUCCCCAGCGCGUAUCUCCCUCCCAACUACGCAGAGGGGGGUGGAGUGGGAACUCUCCACAGCACCUACAAUUAUGACGCAUACUUAACGACAGGUUCGCGCACAAGUGACUUCAAGUUCCUCAGAUCUUACAAUGACAACACGCUGUCCUUGGACCAGACACUGAGAAAAACUACAACUGAAUUUGCUGAAGACUUUCGCGAUUCCGAGGGAUCCCCAGAGGUAGGCCUUUAUUUGAACAGACGUGCGUUAUAACUCUAUAGGCUCUGUGGCAGAUGUUUUACAACUGCAGGUAGUUUUUUUUACAAAGCAAUUUUGUUCAGGAUAAAAACGACUAUUCCCACGGGACUGUCAUAACGUCUGUUUCCUCUGCCACUGUUUAAAGAACUAAACGUAGCUCCAAAUAUGAUGGUGUAAUCGAUUAUGUUAUCAAUUCAACACCUUCAUUGCAAUGCUGACAUUUUGCAGAUUACAUGUUGUUUGAAUUGUGGUUCAAAACAUUUUGUAGGAUUGAUAAAUUAACUUUUUUUUUAACGAUUUGCCUACUGCACAAUUUUUACGUUACAAAACAUAUUUGAUACGCUGGUUCUAUUUGGAAUCAGUUUGCUGGCCUACUUGGAUGGCAUUGCAAAAUAGAAAAAUUGACAAAGCUCUGUAGGACUAUACUAUGAUGAGAAAAGUAGGGAGUUUUUGUUUGAGCAGUAGCGGAUGUCGCUGUCUGUGGUGCAGGUAUGUCCGGUUUCUGUUGUAAAGGAGUUAGGGCUUCUUCUGAGUGCUUGUUUGUCACGAGGCUAUGACUUUCCUGUUGUCAGUUCUACUCACUGUUGUUGUGGAUUGUACUGAUGAGUUCCAGAUGACAAAAUGACAGUGCAACUUCCAUGUGCAUUUUAGGGAAAAAAUCAUUUAGAAGUUAA